UUUGUUUCUUCCCCCCCCUUUUCAUGCUUCAGGUGGUACUGCGGUAGUAGUCAUUCAUUCAGCAUGAUACCAUCAUCUAUUGACUGAGGUCUACCUGACAUAUGGUCAUUGUGAUGACUUCACCACAGCCCGUAGCCAAUCACAGGCCUCCGCUGCUCCCUGCCAAACCGGAGGCCCGCCCCCGGCGGCCCCUGCAUCUCAACCUUGAGGAAGGCCAGUUAAGAAAAAGGAUUCAUCUGUUUGAAGAGUUGACCAAUUCAUGUUCAAAAGAUGAAGGGAAGGGUGAAGACACCAACCUUCGGUGCAGGCAACCAAGGGUCAUCAGCCCUGACCAGAAGCGCUGGACGCAACUGGAUUUCACCAAUGACGAGCCGGGCAAUCGGAAGGAAGUGUCACGACAGAAGCAUGGUCAGCAUAGCAUGCAUCCAGGUCACAAACGAAGCCCACUGUCUCCUCCUCCUCCACCCAAGCCCCUUCCGUCACCUAGGAGAAAAGUGGAGAUCAAAGUGCCACUAUCGGAACCAUUGGUCAACGGGAAGUCAGUGGUGCAAACAAAGCGGGACAGGCCUCUCACAGGAGAUACUAGAGCAGUGAGGGAGGAGAAUGUCAGGAACUCUGUGUUGGCAAUUGUCAGCGCAUUUGAGAAUGGCAAGUCCUCAAUGGCUGUCGAACGAAAGUCAAAGAUGUUGACUGUUCCAGAGGGCGGUAGGAUACGCACAAGCAGUGAGUCCACAGCACCUAAUGGCACCAUGUCCCUGACAAGGAGUGGAGCUGACAGCCUAAUGCCUCCUGCUCCUCUACAGAAGAAUAGAAUGUCUCGUAGUAUGGACAGCCUGGUGCUUGAAUUUGAGUCAGUUGCAUUUGAUCUAAGUCAGACCAACACAAGACAUAAAAGCGAUGGUAGUUCAUCACCCGAUUCUGUUCCCCGUACCCCUAGUCCCAUAUUUCAUAAACCACAUCCUGUUCCCCACAAAGCAGACCAUGGUCCGCAUAGACCAAAUCCUGUACUCCCUAAGCCAGAUCCUGUUCCUUGUAGACCAGAUUCGGUACUCCAUAAACCGGAUCUUCCUACUCACAGACCAAAUCCUGUACUCCCUAAGCCAGAUCCUGUUCCUCAUAGACCAGAUUCGGUACUCCAUAAACCAGAUCUUUCUGCUCUCAGACCAGAUUCUGAACUCCAUAAACCACACCCUGCUCCACGUAGCCUAGAUUCUGUACUUCCUAAACCGGACUCCGUACUCAAUAAACCACAUCCUGUUCCUCAUAGUCCAGAUCGUGUACUCCAUAAACAAGAUCCAGUUCCCCAUAGACAAGACCCAGUUUCUCAUAGACCAGAUCCUGUACUCCAAAAACUAGAUCCUGCUCCUCAUAGACCAGAUCCUGUUCCCAUUAAACAAGACCCUGUUCUUCUUGAACCAGAUCCUACACCUGCUAAAACCGAUCCUGUAACUGAUAGAAGAGAUUCCAUUACGUGUGAUGCAAACCAUGGUCCCCAAAAACCAGAAAGAACUUUCGAACAGGACAUAUACAACCAGAGUAAGCUUGAGCAGAGUAAUGGGCAGGUGCUAAUCAUUGUGAAUGACGAGGAUGAGGAAGGUCAGAACCUGUCCAGAACCAGAUUGCCCGAGCCAAAGCGAACUAACAUUCAGGAUGCGUACGAUAAGAGCAAAGCGUUGCGAUUGAAACAUUGCUUGUCAAAUGGUGACGUCUUGAGGGAACUGAAAACUGGUCAACCAGUGCCAAGAACAAGAAGUGCAAGGAGAGCCGAUGGGUCUCCAGAAUACUAUCGGGUUAACCCUGAGAACUGCAGUAGAAAUUGCAAUCAUAAUGUUGAAACAGAAGAUAAUACCUCUCUGAAUGGAUAUCAUAAAUAUGAGCAGGUGUCUGAGGUUUAUCCCAAACCUGGGAAAAAGGUUGUUGAUUCUCUGGUUAUUGACAAAAAUAAUCAGUCGUCAUUGUUGAAUAUCCUUAAGUCACCUGUGGGUCGGAGACCUAGGCUGGCAUCUCCGUUACCUAAACAGGCAGAAGUCCACCCAACCUCGCGACCCCCUCCAAUACCCGAAACUCCACCCAAAUUACCAAACCACCCCCCACAAAGGCGUCAGCCACCUAACCUCAAACUGAUAUCUCCAGAAACUGUCGCUAAGGAGAGAUCCAAGCUCUUAUCACCGCCCACAUCACCGCUUGAAGAUUCAGGAUGCGUUUCACCAGAAACACAGCGGCGAAUGACCGAUAGUGCCUUGAUACCGAACCUUUCACCAAGGACCCAUCGGAGAAAUGUGGAAGAAGCACGGAGGACUAAUUUAUCCCCCAUUAUGGGAGAAUACGCUGAGCCUAUCCUCAUCAAGAGGUCAUUGAGUGAUGAGAGUUUAGCCACUCUGCGGAGACCAUCCCCAAUCGUUGAUAGCCAAGGGUAUUCCGUUCCAGGAAGUCAUUUGUGGGAAUCACCAAAGUUCCACACCAUGAAGCCUAAGUCAUCGGCAAAAUUAGUGAUAGAACAAAGACCUCACUUGAAUACAAUUUCUCAGCCUGUACUCAGACGAGAGAAACCCCCAACCAAAUUGCCUACCCACUUGGAAGUGGAAGAGUCCAGGGAUAAGAGUUGGAAUGGAUGCGCACAGGAGGUGAUGGCACGUACCACUAAGGAAGCAGGGUUGGGCAGUCUGGAUGGCAAGAAGGAGGGAUUCAGACAGAGGAGCAAAUUGCUGACAGUGAGUUGUUGACGAUAAUUUUUUUUUUUCUC